GCUUCCUUCUUCUUCAUCAUUUCAUCCCACAACAAAAUUGCCAACAAGACCACGCAGACAUUCACAAUGACUUCGUAUUCGGGCAGCCAGGUUCACAUUUAUUUGAUUCUUAUUAACAAACCCUAGCUCUUCUGCAGUUGCCCAACUGCUGCUGGAAUUCAGCCGAGAGUAUUGUUGGAUUUGGACAAAAUUUACAUUUACAAUAUUAUCUAUCCGAGAGGGAGGGAGGAAUUGCGUGCAGAAAAUCAACAUUGUGUGUGUGCCGUAUAUAUAAAUACGUACGUACCACCAGUACCACCACCGCCACUUAUUAAGUUACUUUGUUUGACUGCAAAUACAAAUUGUGGGAUAAUCUCCGUGCAAAUAAUUUAAUUCAAUUACACGAUCCGUUCGGGAUGAGUAUUGGUUUGGUUUGGAUUUUAGAUGAGAGUUUUCGCUGAUUUGAGGAUGAGUGAGUGCGAGCGAGUCGUGUUAGCUUUGUGCUCUUUCCUGCCUAAUAAUCUCUGCGAGUCGUCUCAUAAUUGUAUCAAAUUCCCUGAGAGAGAUCCCAUUUGGUUCCUAGCUUAGUGUCAUUCUCAGUUUGAGACUCGUUGGUCGGUCCAAAUUGUGGGGUGUUGUAUGGGCAGUAUUGAUUGGUAGGAGUGGGUUUUAAGCUUAUCAUGUGAAAUUGAACCAAGAUAUUUGAGCUGAUUGUUGUGCGGAAAAUAUUUUCGAGGAUUCCAGAGACAAACUACAUUGUAAUAAUAGUUGCAGCCUUGUUGGGUUGGACGGAUUAUUGGUGCGUUUUGACCAGUUUGAGAGGCAUACAUAAAUUGGGGUUGGGGUAAAUUCCAUCGUUCUUUUGUUAUAAAUAUACAUCAAAACCGUUAUCAGAAACAGACAAUAGUGCGUCAUAUUGUUAGUGAGUGCAUGGAGUGAACAAUAUCUACUUGUGGGAAUCAUCAACUCCUGCCAGUUUCUGUAAAAGGUGAUCGGGCUCGAUAUCCUCCAACCUCGGCAUGGCCCAGUCUCGCGAACAACUCACAAUGGACAACACGAAGGACAACAAUUCCAUGUUUAAACGUCCCCGAGGAUGCUACCUUUCUCAGGCGAAAGCAUUCGGACUCGUUCUUCUCGCCGUGGGGGCAGUCGUCGCCGCCGUUCUGCUCACCUAUCACUGGACAACGUGUGAAGAUGGUGGCCCACUUUCUCAGAAAAGUGGGGGUGGCAAGGGUCUCGCUAAAGCGGACAAGUUGUACGUUCGACUCCCCACAAAUGUGAAGCCACUCUAUUAUAAAGUUGACUUGAUACCGUACGUGGAGGAAGCCAAGAACUUCACAAUUGACGGAAAGGUGUGGAUUGACAUUGAAUGUCUCCAGGCCACCCACAAGGUCACCAUUCACAUCAAAAACAUCACCGUGGUUGAAGAAAGUGUCAAGAUUUAUGAGGUCGACGAGGCAGAAUUGUCUCCCUCUGUUACCGAAGCAGUAGAAUCCGUUUCACCUAAAAAACAUGAGUACGACGUUCCCCGAGAGUUUUACAACAUGACGUUACCAAAGUCCCUCGAAGCUGGGAAGGUUUACCGAAUUUAUAUCCAGUUCAGGGCCCUCCUUGCUGACAGUUUGGGGGGAUUUUACCGAUCCUCGUACAAAGACAUGGCCGCAAAUGUGACGAGAUAUUUGGGCACGACGCAAUUUCAAGCGACGGAUGCUAGAAAAGCGUUUCCCUGCUUUGAUGAGCCACAGUUAAAGGCACGAUUUGAAAUAAGUUUGGCAAGAAGGGUUAACAUGAGCUCCAUUUCGAAUAUGAAUCUCAACCGGACUGAACCAGUGGAAGGGAUGGAAGGCUGGCUCUGGGAUCAUUACAACAUUUCGGUUCCAAUGUCCACCUAUUUGGUCGCAUUUGUUGUCUCUGAUUUUGAAAAUCGAGUAGCAAACCGAUCCUUAAGCAAACCCGAAUUCCGUGUCUGGGCUCGAAAGGAGGCCAUCGAGCAGGCAGAAUAUGCGAGAGACAUUGGUCCCAGAAUUCUGACCUUUUACGAAACAUAUUUCGACAUAGAGUUUCCUCUGCCAAAACAGGAUAUGAUUGCAUUACCAGAUUUCGGGGCAGGGGCGAUGGAAAACUGGGGUCUUAUCACGUACAGGGAGACAGCAAUGCUCUACGAUCCCAAAGUAUCUUCAGACCUUAGCAAACUCCGCGUCGCAACAGUGAUCGCCCACGAAUUGGCGCACAUGUGGUACGGAAAUCUGGUGACGAUGGCUUGGUGGAGUGACCUGUGGUUGAACGAGGGCUUUGCCAGUUAUGUCGAGUACAUUGGAGUGAAUCAUGUUCAUCCAGAUUGGAAAAUUUUGGAACAGUUUGUCGCCGACGAGAUGCAGUAUGUAUUUUCACUGGAUGCAUUGGACUCAUCCCACCCAAUAUAUAUUCCAGUGGGACAUCCGGAAGAAAUCUCAGAAAUAUUUGACGGAAUUUCAUAUGCAAAGGGUGCGUCAAUCAUUCGAAUGAUGAACCAUUUCCUCACAGAAGACACGUUUAGAACAGGAUUGGCAAGCUAUCUCAAGAAAUGGAAAUUUAACAACACGGUUCAAGACGACCUAUGGGAAUCUCUGACAGAAGCUGCUCAUCACCAAACAAGUUUAGAUCCAGCCAUUACUGUGAAAGAGAUCAUGGACACGUGGACGUUACAAAAGGGUUUCCCUGUCGUCCAUGUUGAACGGAAUUAUGACGCGAAUGAGCCAACCGCAACUUUCACUCAGACAAAAUUUCAACUGAUUAAAAACGAAACCUUAACGCAAGGCGAGUAUUCUACUUACAAAUGGUGGAUCCCUAUCUCCUACGCAUCCAUAAAUUUUAACGCCAAUUUCAACCGCACGAAGCCAUCUUUCUGGAUCAAGGCAUCCGACAAAGCUGUGACCAAACCGAUAGACACGAAUAAACAGGACUGGAUAAUUGUGAACGUGCAAGAGACAGGGUUUUACAGGGUCAACUACGAUCUUAAAAAUUGGGGCCUGCUUAUCAACCAGUUGAGGUCGAAUGCUUCAGUGAUUCAUCCAAUCAACAGGGGACAACUCAUGGAUGAUGCCUUGAAUUUGGCGAGAGCCUCCCUACUCCCGUACGACUUGGCGUUCAAUGUGACUCAAUACUUGAAGAAUGAAGAGGAAUAUUUGCCGUGGGAAUCUUUCUUUAACGCGUUCCACUUCAUUUCUACAAUGAUGAGCAAAUCUUCUUCCUACGGAACCUUCAAAAAAUAUAUGCGAGAUUUGGUGCACAAAGAGUACACUCGUCUCGGUUAUGAGCAAAACGAAUCUGAUUCACUUCUCCAGCGUCUUCACCGAACGAACGUGGUCAGUUGGGCGUGCAAGGUUGAUCACAAAGGAUGCUUGGAAUCCACCACGACACUUUUUAGCGAGUGGAUGAAUUCCUCUUCGCCAAAUACGGAAAAUCCAAUUCCUACAAAUCUAAAGAAGGUGACCUACUGCACCGCAAUUAAGAUGGGUGGCGAGAAGGAGUGGAACUUUUUGUGGCAGAGAUAUCUGGAUGGAAAUGUUGGUUCGGAGAAAUCGACAAUCUUGACUUCUUUGUCGUGUUCGAGAGAGACAUGGAUUUUGAACCGAUACUUGACGUGGUCCAUUACUGAAAAUUCUGGAAUUAGGAAGCAAGAUACUUCAAUCGUGCUUCGAUCUAUGGCCGCUACCUCGGUUGGCAACUACUUGACGUUCAACUUUGUCCGAGACAAAUGGGCUAAACUCAAGGAAUUUCUGGGGGAUGGCCUAUCUUCGCUCGGUCCCAUUGUAAAGUCUAUUGCUGCAAGACUCAAUACGCGUUUCGAGCUUAAUGAGAUGCAACAACUUCGAGACCGGUAUCAGGGUGAGUUGGGAGCUGCUACGAGAGCAGUUGACCAAGGAAUUGAGACGGCCACGAUACAGAUUCAGUGGAUGGAGGAAAACUACCCCACGAUAGCGUCCUGGUUGGAGAAAGCCAUCCAAGUCGGAGGAGAAAGUACGACAACGGGAAAUUCUGAAUUAUAAAGUGGAAGAAUUUGUCAUAAUAUUACCCGUAUUUUUUCGAAUGGGCGAUGACACGGACUGUGCAAAUUUGUUUUUAUAUGAAAAUGAGGUAUUGAAAUUGAAAAAAAUUCGUCCAAUCUGUACACAGUAUACUAAAGUAUUUAAUACAUAUGUACAUAGUUGCACUUAUUUUUACCCACCUAGAUUUCCCUUCCACCCUGAUUUAUAGUAAUUCUGAAUCCGAUUGGUACAAUUUGCUAAUAGCAAUUAAUCCGAAAUUAGCGUAGUCUUCAAGCUUAAUACUUAGGUGCCAUAUUUAUUGUUAAACAACUUAAAUCUAAUGUAGCUAAUUGUUACAAUAUUAAAUCAUACAUAUAAAUGUACAUAAACUCUAUGAUAAAGGAAUGCGAAGAGAAUGCUAUUGUUGGGUUUAUGCUUUAUAGUGUCGAAGGCAAAAGAAUGUACACGAGGACAGUAUUAUUGUGUGCAGAUGAAUUUAAAAUAGUUUUAUUAUGAUUUUCUGCAUGUGAUUACUGACAUGAAAGUAAAAUUGUAAAUGAUAAAGAUUUCGAAUGUUGUCGAGAAUACAGAUUUUCUUAUGAA